AUGAAAAUUUUAUUUGUAACAUUAUUAUUAUUUAUUUAUUGUAAUUUUUGUUUUUGUAUUUCACAAAACCAUUUUAAUAAAAAUGGUGAUGAAAAAUCAAUUCAUUUCGAUGUAAAAUCAUUGGGAAGUAGCAAUGAUAAUCCAGCUUUAUGUGGAACUCCAAAUUCUCAACAAUUGGAACAAUAUAUCAACGGUUUAGUUGGAUCAUAUGGAUAUUGUAAUGGUACAGAGUGGGCAGUUACAGAUUUUAAAACAUUUAAUAUUCAAAGUUCAAACUCACAAAAUCCACAACAAACAGCAUCAACCAUCAAACUUUGGGUUCUCUUAUCAGUUUUCAAAGAUAUUGAAGCCGGUUUAUAUACUUUAGAUAAACAAAUUGAAUGCUCAACUGGUUUAAUUACCGUCGAACAAUGUAUUGCUCUUAUGAUUGGUGUCUCUGAUAAUUGUGCCACUUAUUCAUUAACUGCUUUAACCAAAUUAUCAAGUGUUAAUGCUUUAUUUAAAACUUUAGGUAUGGAUGAUUCCCAAUUCCACGAAUGGUGUUUUACCACAUGUUUAGGUUAUUCCUCCCCAUGUCCAAACAAUGAUGGAACUGGUGAUAAUAAUGUUUUAUCAUCACAUGACGUAAUUCAUGGUCUUACCUUAUUACACGAAGGUCAAAUUUUAAAUGAAACCUUUACCGCAUUAACUUAUAAAUUCCUUUUAACUGCUCAUGGUUGGCAACCAAUGCUUGGCUACUAUGUACCAGCACCAGUUGCUCAUAAACAAGGUUGGUUACCAGCCAACGAAGGUUUCAAUCCAUUCACCGAAAAUGAUGAAGCAACUGUUUUCAGUGAGUGUGGUGAUUAUGCCGCCAGUGUAAUGAUUACCAGAGAUUGGUCCAAUCCACAAGAAGAUACCAUCGCCCUUCAAUUAGGUGCCACUAUCGGCAAAUAUAUUUAUUGUACCAUGGUUCCAUUUGGCUAUACCAAUGACGGAGCUCCAUGUUCAAUUACUUUAUCACAACAAAUCCCUUCACCAGCUUGUCAAUAA